UGUUAAUCGAGUAAAAAAAAAUAGAGUCCCUAAAGCAGAACAUACAAUCUCUCUGGAAAACAAAUGUAACCAAAUCUAGUUUUUUGGAACAAAAACGACCUUCGUUUUCUUUCCACCACGAGUUCGUGAGUUCUCGCGAUAUAUUUUAUUGAAAAUCAGGAAGUCUCGCGAGCGUUGCGGCGUGUGGGCCUUGUGUGAAAGGUGUGCUUGAUGGCGGUUACGAAGACUGCGAAAGUGUUGAAUUGUUAAAGCUUCCCCAUCAGUGCUCUUCCCCUUGGGGGCUUUCCCGUCUCAGUCUGGUGGACCCAACGAUUAGAGUUGCGGAGGUGAAGCUCUGACGAUGGAGAAUGGACAGGGCACAGGCUCCAAGCUUGGCCUACCGCCUCUCACUCCAGAGCAGCAGGAGGCACUUCAGAGGGCAAAGAAGUAUGCCAUGGAACAAAGCAUUAAGAGUGUGUUGGUGAAGCAGACGAUUGCCCAUCAGCAACAGCAGCUAACCAACCUGCAGAUGGCAGCAGUGACAAUGGGCUUUGGAGAUCCUCUCUCACCUUUACAAUCGGUGGCAGCUCAGCGGCAACGUGCGCUGGCUAUCAUGUGUCGCGUGUACGUGGGCUCCAUAUACUACGAGCUGGGCGAGGACACCAUCAGACAGGCCUUUGCCCCCUUCGGCCCGAUCAAGAGCAUUGACAUGUCUUGGGAUUCGGUUACAAUGAAGCACAAGGGCUUUGCUUUUGUGGAGUACGACGUGCCAGAGGCUGCUCAGCUGGCCCUGGAACAGAUGAACUCGGUCAUGCUGGGGGGAAGAAACAUUAAGGUUGGGCGGCCAAGUAACAUCGGUCAGGCGCAACCCAUCAUCGACCAGCUGGCAGAGGAGGCGCGCGCCUAUAACCGGAUCUACGUAGCAUCUGUCCACCCCGACCUGUCGGACGAUGACAUCAAGAGUGUGUUUGAGGCCUUUGGGAGGAUCAAAUCUUGCACGUUAGCCAGAGACCCCACAUCUGGGCGGCACAGAGGCUUUGGUUUCAUUGAGUAUGAAAAACCUCAGUCAGCCCUGGAUGCUGUGUCCUCUAUGAACCUCUUUGACCUGGGGGGUCAAUACUUAAGGGUUGGCAAAGCAGUGACUCCACCGAUGCCCUUACUGACCCCCACAACCCCAGGUGGGCUGCCACCUGCUGCAGCUGUUGCUGCAGCGGCAGCUACCGCUAAGAUAACGGCCCAGGCAAGUAUGAAUCCCUUCCAAAGGGAUUUAAUGGCCUUCCAGGAGGCUGUAGCUGGUGCGUCAGUCUUAGGGGCGUUGGCUGCGCCUCAGCUUCUCGGUCAGCAGAUGGGAUUACCGCAGGCUGUAAUGGCCGCCCAGGCACCAGGUGUAAUCACAGGCGUGACCCCAGUGCGUCCUCCCAUUCCGGUGAUUCCCCAAGUCGGUCUUGUGAACCCUGUUCUUGCAUCACCACCGGUCCUGUCUAACCAAGCUGGUGGCUCCAUGCAAUUAGAGAAGAAAGAAGAGAAAGAGGAGGGCCUCCAGGAUGGUACGGGGCAGGAGAUGUUGAGUGACCAAGAGCACAUGAGCAUCUCAGGCAGCAGUGCCAGACACAUGGUGAUGCAGAAGUUACUCAGAAAAUCGGAGUCCACAGUGAUGGUGCUUCGAAACAUGGUUGGACCGGAGGACAUCGACGACGACCUGGAAGGUGAGGUGACGGAGGAGUGUGGGAAGUUUGGCACCGUCAACCGAGUCAUCAUCUACCAGGAGAAGCAAGGAGAAGAAGAAGAUGCCGACAUCAUUGUUAAAAUCUUUGUAGAGUUUUCCGCGGCCUCAGAGAUGAACAAAGCUAUCCAAGCCCUGAAUGACCGCUGGUUCGGGGGUCGCAAAGUGGUAGCAGAAGUGUAUGACCAAGAUCGUUUCAACAGCAGUGACUUGUCUGCAUAACGUGAUUUACCAGCACCCGUAUGAUACCCAUCACCAAGUCAUCUGGGUUAUUCUCACUGCAGCUAAAGAUGCAGGCCUCUGAAACCUGUAAUUACGUUUUUAUUGUCACCCCUUUUUUUUUAUGGAUGUUCAUAUUGAAAGCUCUUCUGGGAGAAUUCAUUCAAAUUCAUAUUUUGUUUUUGCUUUGUGAUCUGUGAAGACUCUUUGUGUGCAAGGUUUAAACUUUUGUAAUCCAAUAUUGUAAAAUGUUUAUCAUUUUUAUUCCCCUGCUUUAGCUCUUUAGUUUUCUGUUAAUUGCCAGGACAUGUAAACAGUUUGUUCCUUUCUACGAUUAAAGGUUAUUUGUCCACAAAAACAAAA